AUGCAAAGACCAUUUCUACUCGCUUAUUUGGUCCUUUCGCUACUGUUUAACUCAGUUUUGGGUUAUCCAGCUGCACUAGCCCCAAGGGGAUCCUCGGACGGAACUAGUUGCAAUUCUAUCGUUAAUGGCUGCCCAAGUUUAGACUUCAACUGGCACAUGAACCAACAAAACAUCAUGCAAUAUACUUUGGAUGUUACUUCUGUGUCUUGGGUUCAAGACAACACUUACCAAAUCCAAAUCCAUGUCAAGGGUAAAGAAAACAUCGACUUAAAAUACCUAUGGUCUCUAAAGGUCAUUGGUGUCAAUGGUCCAAAGGGUACUGUCCAACUAUACGGUUUCAAUGAAAAUACCUUUUUGAUUGACAACCCAACUGAUUUCACAGCUACUUUCGAAGUUUACGCUACUCAAGAUGUCAACAGUUGUCAAGUAUGGAUGCCUAACUUCCAGAUUCAAUUCGAAUACUUGCAAGGUAGUGCUGCUCAAUAUUCAAGCACCUGGGAAUGGGGUACCACGUCCUUUGAUUUGUCUACCGGUUGUAACAACUACGACAACCAAGGUCACUCUCAAACAGAUUUCCCAGGAUUCUACUGGAACAAAGACUGCAACAAUAACUGUGGCGGUUCAAAAACAUCCACCACAUCAACUAAGUCUCUAGAAUCAUCAUCAUCAUCAUCAUCAUCAUCAUCAUCAUCAUCAUCAUCAUCAUCAUCAUCCUCAUCAUCAUCAUCAUGUACAUCCACAUCAACCACAGCUUCAGCUACACCAACCACCACCACAUCAGAAGCUUCUUCCACUUCGAAAACUUCGUGCACAAAGAAGAAGUCUACAACCCAGCACCAUGAUACUACUCCAUGUACCAAGCAUAAAACCAGCUCUACAACCCAGCACCAUGAUACUACUCCAUGUACCAAGCAUAAAACCAGCUCUACAACCCAACACCAUGAUACUACUCCAUGUACCAAGCAUAAAACUAGCUCUACUACUGAAAGCUCUUCUGCUCCAGCUCCAACCAGCUCUACUACUGAAAGCUCUUCCGCUCCAGCACCAACCUCAUCUACUGAAAGCUCUUCCGCUCCAGCACCAACUUCAUCUACCGAAAGCUCUUCCGCUCCAGCACCAACUUCAUCUACUGAAAGCUCUUCUGCUCCAGCACCAACUUCAUCUACUGAAAGCUCUUCUGCUCCAGCUCCAACCAGCUCUACCGAAAGCUCUUCUACUUCAUCUUCCAGCUCUGUUUCGAAGACCUCUUCUACUGCUACGCCUACCCCAGUACCUACCGGUCCAACCUGUACUACUGUCGUGAACGGCUGCCCUAGUUUAGAUUUCAAUUGGCACAUGGACCAGCAAAACAUCAUGGAAUACACUUUGGACGUUACUUCUGUUUCUUGGGUUCAAGACAACACUUACCAAAUCCAAAUCCAUGUCAAGGGUAAAGAAAACAUCGACCUAAAAUACCUAUGGUCUCUAAAGGUCAUUGGUGUCAAUGGUCCAAAGGGUACUGUCCAACUAUACGGUUUCAAUGAAAAUACCUUUUUGAUUGACAACCCAACUGAUUUCACAGCUACUUUCGAAGUUUACGCUACUCAAGAUGUCAACAGUUGUCAAGUAUGGAUGCCUAACUUCCAGAUUCAAUUCGAAUACUUGCAAGGUAGUGCUGCUCAAUAUUCAAGCACCUGGGAAUGGGGUACCACGUCCUUUGAUUUGUCUACCGGUUGUAACAACUACGACAACCAAGGCCACUCUCAAACAGAUUUCCCAGGAUUCUAUUGGGACAAAGACUGUAGCAAUAACUGCGGUGGAUCAUCAAGCUCUUCUGCUCCAGCUCCAACCUCAUCUACUGAAAGCUCUUCCGCUCCAGCUCCAACCAGCUCGACCGAAAGCUCUUCCGCUCCAGCUCCAACCAGCUCGACCGAAAGCUCUUCCGCUCCAGCUCCAACCAGCUCGACCGAAAGCUCUUCCGCUCCAGCACCAACUUCAUCUACUACUGAAAGCUCUUCCGCUCCAGCACCAACUUCAUCUACUACUGAAAGCUCUUCCGCUCCAGCACCAACCUCAUCUUCUGAAAGUUCUUCUGCUCCAGCUCCAACCAGCUCGACCGAAAGCUCUUCCGCUCCAGCACCAACUUCAUCUACUACUGAAAGCUCUUCUGCUCCAGCUCCAACCUCAUCUACUGAAAGCUCUUCUGCUCCAGCACCAACUUCAUCUACCGAAAGCUCUUCCGCUCCAGCACCAACUUCAUCUACUGAAAGCUCUUCUGCUCCAGCUCCAACCUCAUCUACUACUGAAAGUUCUUCUGCUCCAGCACCAACCAGCUCUACCGAAAGCUCUUCUACUUCAUCUUCCAACUCUGUUUCGAAGACCUCUUCUACUGCUACGCCUACCCCAGUACCUACCGGUCCAACCUGUACUACUGUCGUGAACGGCUGCCCUAGUUUAGAUUUCAAUUGGCACAUGGACCAGCAAAACAUCAUGGAAUACACUUUGGACGUUACUUCUGUUUCUUGGGUUCAAGACAACACUUACCAAAUCCAAAUCCAUGUCAAGGGUAAAGAAAACAUCGACCUAAAAUACCUAUGGUCUCUAAAGGUCAUUGGUGUCAAUGGUCCAAAGGGUACUGUCCAACUAUACGGUUUCAAUGAAAAUACCUUUUUGAUUGACAACCCAACUGAUUUCACAGCUACUUUCGAAGUUUACGCUACUCAAGAUGUCAACAGUUGUCAAGUAUGGAUGCCUAACUUCCAGAUUCAAUUCGAAUACUUGCAAGGUAGUGCUGCUCAAUAUUCAAGCACCUGGGAAUGGGGUACCACGUCCUUUGAUUUGUCUACCGGUUGUAACAACUACGACAACCAAGGUCACUCUCAAACAGAUUUCCCAGGAUUCUAUUGGGACAAAGACUGUAGCAAUAACUGCGGUGGAUCAUCAAGCUCUUCCGCUCCAGCACCAACCUCAUCUACUGAAAGUUCUUCUGCUCCAGCUCCAACCAGCUCGACCGAAAGCUCUUCCGCUCCAGCACCAACUUCAUCUACUACUGAAAGCUCUUCUGCUCCAGCUCCAACCUCAUCUACUGAAAGUUCUUCUGCUCCAGCACCAACUUCAUCUACUACUGAAAGCUCUUCUGCUCCAGCUCCAACCUCAUCUACUGAAAGUUCUUCUGCUCCAGCACCAACUUCAUCUACUGAAAGCUCUUCUGCUCCAGCUCCAACCAGCUCGACCGAAAGCUCUUCCGCUCCAGCACCAACUUCAUCUACUACUGAAAGCUCUUCCACUCCAGCACCAACUUCAUCUACUACUGAAAGCUCUUCCACUCCAGCUCCAACCAGCUCGACCGAAAGCUCUUCCGCUCCAGCACCAACCUCAUCUACUGAAAGCUCUUCUGCUCCAGCACCAACCUCAUCUACUACUGAAAGCUCUAUUGCUCCAGCACCAACUUCAUCUACUGAAAGCUCUUCUGCUCCAGCACCAACUUCAUCUACUACUGAAAGCUCUAUUGCUCCAGCACCAACUUCAUCUACUACUGAAAGCUCUUCCACUCCAGCACCAACUUCAUCUACUACUGAAAGCUCUUCCACUCCAGCUCCAACCAGCUCGACCGAAAGCUCUUCCGCUCCAGCACCAACCUCAUCUACUGAAAGCUCUUCUGCUCCAGCUCCAACCAGCUCGACCGAAAGCUCUUCCGCUCCAGCACCAACUUCAUCUACUGAAAGCUCUUCUGCUCCAGCUCCAACCAGCUCGACCGAAAGCUCUUCCGCUCCAGCACCAACUUCAUCUACUACUGAAAGCUCUUCCACUCCAGCACCAACUUCAUCUACUACUGAAAGCUCUUCCACUCCAGCUCCAACCAGCUCGACCGAAAGCUCUUCCGCUCCAGCACCAACCUCAUCUACUGAAAGCUCUUCUGCUCCAGCACCAACCUCAUCUACUACUGAAAGCUCUAUUGCUCCAGCACCAACUUCAUCUACUGAAAGCUCUUCUGCUCCAGCACCAACUUCAUCUACUACUGAAAGCUCUAUUGCUCCAGCACCAACUUCAUCUACUACUGAAAGCUCUUCCACUCCAGCACCAACUUCAUCUACUACUGAAAGCUCUUCCACUCCAGCUCCAACCAGCUCGACCGAAAGCUCUUCCGCUCCAGCACCAACCUCAUCUACUGAAAGCUCUAUUGCUCCAGUUCCAACUUCAUCGAGCUCUAGCAACAUCACUUCUUCUGCUCCAGUUCCAACCUCAUCUACUCCUGCCACUGAAAGUUCUUCCACUGGUACCACCACCCUUGUUCCAUCUUUUUCAUCUCAACACCCUGGUAGCAGAAGCGAAACCACUGUCUUCCCAACUACAACCGGUACUACUACUGUCGCAACUACAACCGUGACUUCAGUCACCACCCCAUCGACAACUACAAUCACGACUACCGUUUGUUCUACAGGUACAAACUCUGCCGGUGAGACUACCUCUGGAUGCUCUCCUAAGACUAUUACUACUACUGUUCCAUGCUCAACCGGUAAAAGCGAAAGUACAGCUCCCGCACCUACCACUCCUGUGACCACAGUUAUCUCAACCACUGUUGUUACCACUGAAUACUCUACAGGAACAAAACCAGGUGGUGAAAUCACAACCGGAUUCGUUACCAAGAAUAUUCCAACCACUUACCUAACCACCAUUGCUCCAACGCCAGUUACAACUGUUACUAGUUUCACAUCAACCACAAUCACCACAACUGUUUGCUCUACAGGCACAAACUCUGCUGGUGAGACUACCUCUGGAUGCUCUCCUAAGACUGUUACAACUACUGUUCCAUGUUCAAAUGGUGUCAGUGAAAACACAGCUUCUCCAGCUACUACUCCUGUGACAACAGCUAUCCCAACCACUGUUAUUACCACUGAAUCUUCCACGGGCACUAACUCUGCCGGUGAAAUCACAACUGGUUACACUACCAAGUCCAUCCCAACCACUUACAUAACUACUUUGGUUCCAGGCGCACCAGCUACUCCUGCCACCAAUGUUGCUCCAACCACGAUUACCACCACUGAAUGUUCUGCUGGUACAAACGCUGCCGGUGAAACUACAUCCGUAUGCUCUGCUAAGAUUAUAAUAAGCUCUGCAAGCGCAGGUGAAAACACUGCUGCUACUCCUGUGACAACAGCUAUCCCAACCACCGUCAUUACCACUGAAUCUUCCACGGGCACUAACUCUGCCGGUGAGAUCACAACUGGUUACACUACCAAGUCCAUCCCAACCACUUACAUAACUACUUUGGUUCCAGGCGCACCAGCUACUCCUGCCACCAAUGUUGCUCCAACCACGAUUACCACCACUGAAUGUUCUGCUGGUACAAACGCUGCCGGUGAAACUACAUCCGUAUGCUCUGCUAAGAUUAUAAUAAGCUCUGCAAGCGCAGGUGAAAACACUGCUGCUACUCCUGUGACAACAGCUAUCCCAACCACCGUCGUUACCACUGAAUCUUCCACCGGCACUAACUCCGCCGGCGAAAUCACAACUGGUUACACUACCAAGUCCAUCCCAACCACUUACAUAACUACUUUGGUUCCAACUGCCACGGGCUCAAAUGGUGCCAAGAACUAUGAAACUGUCGCUACUGCAACAAACCCAAUUUCAAUCAAGACAGGCUCAACAUCUCCAGCUGCUGCCACCGCGCCAGCUGCUACAUCCCCAUCCCUAGUCGGACCAAUUCAAUCUACUUCUGGUUCUGCAGUUGCUACAUACUCUGUUCCUUCUGUUUCAAGUACUUACCAAGGUGCUGCAAACAUCAAGGUUCUAGGAAACUUUAUGUGGCUACUAGCUGCCCUUCCAAUUGUGGUUUGA